CACACUAUGGGCGGGACAAAGGAGAAAAGGCCUUUACCAGGCGCAAGAAGAUGACAUCACAGUAGCAGAGCCGGGACCUCCGGUUGCUCUGGGCUCUGCUCGCUGAGGGUGCCAAAUGAAGACUGCUCCGUUCGCGACACCGUCGCCAUGACCAUUUGUCAGUUCUUCCUUCAAGGCCGCUGCCGCUUCGGAGACCGGUGCUGGAACGAACAUCCCGGCCCCAGGGGUGCCGGCGGAGGACGGCAACAGCAGCCCUCAGGUAGUAACAGAAGAGGAUGGAAUACCACCAGUCAGAGAUAUUCCAGUGUUAUCCAGCCAUCCAGUUUCUCCAAGCCUACACCAUGGGGGGGCAGCAGAGAUCAAGAAAAGCCAUCUUUUGCUGCUUUUGAUUCUGGAGAGUCUGCUAGCAAGAACAGGGGAUUUGGCUUAUCUCAGAACCCAUUUGCUUCACCUGGCUCUGAUGACCAGAAAGAUGAUAAGAAGCUUCUGGAAGGAAUUGUUAAAGAUAUGGAGGUUUGGGAAUCAUCAGGGCAGUGGAUGUUUUCUUCUUAUUCACCGGUGAAAAAGAAACCAAAUAUUUCAGGUUUUACAGACAUUUCACCAGAGGAGUUGAGACUUGAAUACCAUAACUUCUUAACCAGCAAUAACUUACAGAGUUAUCUAAAUUCUGUCCAGCAGUUGAUAAAUCAGUGGAGGAACAGGGUGAAUGAACUGAAAAGUCUAAAUACAUCAACUGCAAUAGCUUUGCUGUCCGAUUUACAGGAUGGAGUGAAUCAAGCAACACCUUCAUUUGGAUUUGGCAAUAGGCAAACAGUAACAUUUGGGUCACCAGGUUUUCCAGUGAAUAACAGCAGCAGCAACAGUGCUCAGAAUUUUAGUUUUAAACCAAGCUCUGGAUUUGCUACAGCCCCUUCUGGAAGCCCUCCUGUAUUUGGGAAUACUCCAGCGUUUGGAGCUGUACCCACUGCCAGUUCUGCCAUUGCUGCUGCUACUCUGACUUUUGGCCUAAGGAAACCCGAAAUCACAUCUGCUGCUUCAUUUUCAUUUAAAACCCCUGCAGCUUCUGGUUUUGGAUCAUCUGGAUUUUCAGGAUUUUCACCUUCUAUGGCAGCAAGCCCUGUUGGAUCUCCAGUGGCCCCAGCCUUUGGAAGUGGCAGUUCUGUAGCUGGUUUUGGUAGUCCAGGCUCACAACCUCACACUGCUUUCUCUAAGUCAUCCAGUGACACCUUUGGAAACAGCAGCGUACCUACUUCUCUCUCAUUCUCACUUGGCAGCACCACAAUAGAUAAUGCAUUAUUCACACCCAAGGAUCAACUAACAGCAGAAGAACUGGAACAGUUUCAAUCCAAGAAAUUUGCUCUGGGAAAAAUUCCAUUAAAGCCACCACCUGUGGAACUUCUGAAUAUUUAAAAGGGCAAUUUUAAAUACAGGAAAAAAAACGGCUUUUAAAAUUGUUUUGAGUGGUUCAUAUGAAAGAGGAAGUAUAUAUAUAUAUAUACACACACACAUACACAUGUAUAUGCAUAUAUAUUGCAUAUAUAUUUAUAAGAAGUAUAAAUUUUCAAUAACAUUAGGAGUUCUUAAAUUUAACAUUUUUCCUUGAGUCUAGCUAUUUAAGUAAAACAACAAAAAAUAGCAGCAGAUUUUUUUCUCUUUUUUACUGUAAUGAUGAAUGGAACUGAAAAAACUUAGGGUGCACUAAAUAAAGUACUUUUCUCAUUCUG